CGCCGGCUCCGCAGCGCCAGCUCGGCAGGCGCGGGGCGUGAGUCUGGAGUGGGGACCCGCCGGGCUCCAACUCGGCAGCGCCGGCGCUCGGCGGGCAGCAACUUUCUCCCCGCAGCGGCCGCGGCGGCGGAGCGGGAGGCGGCAGGAGCAGGCGGCGGCGGCUGCUCCUGGCCGCGCGGGGCUGUCCAGCCCUCCGAGCCCUCCGGCCCGCGGAGCCUCGCGCCCCCCGGCGGCCCCGGGCCCCUGCCCUAUGUCCCGCAAGGCGAGCGAGAAUGUGGAGUACACGCUGCGGAGCCUGAGCAGCCUGAUGGGCGAGCGGCGCAGGAAGCAGCAGGAGCCGGACGCGGCGAGCGCGGCCGGGGAGCGCAGCCUGCUGGCGGCCGCCGAGUCGAGCGCCAGCCUGCAGGGCGCGGGCGCGGGCGGCGUCGGGGACCUGGAGCGCGCGGCGAGGCGGCAGUUCCAGCAGGACGAGACCCCCGCCUUCGUGUACGUGGUGGCCGUCUUCUCGGCGCUCGGCGGCUUCCUGUUCGGCUAUGACACGGGGGUGGUGUCGGGGGCCAUGCUGCUGCUCAAGCGGCAGCUCAGCCUGGACGCGCUCUGGCAGGAGAUGCUCGUGUCCAGCACGGUGGGGGCGGCCGCCGUCUCGGCGCUGGCCGGCGGGGCCCUCAACGGCGUCUGCGGCCGCCGCGCCGCCAUCCUGCUGGCCAGUGCCCUCUUCACGGCCGGCUCCACGGUGCUGGCCGCGGCCACCAACAAGGAGACGCUGCUCGCUGGCCGCCUGGUCGUGGGGCUCGGCAUCGGCAUUGCUUCUAUGACAGUGCCAGUGUACAUUGCCGAGGUCUCGCCACCCAACUUAAGAGGUCGAUUAGUCACCAUUAAUACCCUCUUCAUCACAGGAGGGCAGUUCUUUGCAAGUGUUGUUGAUGGAGCCUUCAGUUAUCUCCAAAAGGAUGGAUGGAGGUACAUGUUGGGACUUGCAGCAAUUCCAGCAGUUAUACAGUUUUUCGGCUUUCUCUUUUUACCUGAAAGCCCUCGAUGGCUUAUUCAGAAAGGACAGACUCAGAAGGCCCGUAGAAUCUUAUCUCAGAUGCGUGGUAACCAGACCAUUGAUGAGGAGUAUGAUAGCAUCAAAAACAACAUUGAAGAAGAGGAAAAAGAGGUUGGCUCAGCUGGACCUGUGAUCUGCAGAAUGCUGAGUUACCCCCCAACUCGCCGAGCUUUAAUUGUGGGUUGUGGCCUACAAAUGUUCCAACAGCUCUCAGGCAUUAACACCAUCAUGUACUACAGUGCAACCAUUCUGCAGAUGUCCGGUGUUGAAGAUGACAGACUCGCAAUAUGGCUGGCUUCAGUUACAGCCUUCACAAACUUCAUUUUCACUCUCGUGGGAGUCUGGCUUGUUGAGAAAGUGGGCCGCAGAAAGCUUACCUUCGGUAGUUUAGCAGGUACCACCGUAGCACUCAUUAUUCUUGCUUUGGGAUUUCUGCUAUCAGCCCAGGUUUCCCCACCCAUCACUUUUAAACCGAUAGCUCCGUCAGGUCAGAAUGCUACUUGCACAAGAUACAGUUACUGUGAUGAAUGUAUGUUGGAUCCAGACUGCGGUUUCUGCUACAAAAUGAACAAAUCAACCGUCAUUGACUCUUCUUGUGUUCCAGUUAAUAAAGCAUCUACAAAUGCGGCAGCCUGGGGCAGGUAUGUCACUCAUUACACACCAUAAGAAUAUACAAUCAAAUUUCAGAAUGACACUUAAUUUUAAACUUACAGAGUGACUGCACUUGAAGUCCAUGACUACACUUCUUUUAAACUGGUCUUCAUAACGACAUUAUUUUGCAGCAUAUACUGAUGAAAGUAGGUACAAAACAUUGCAGCUGUAUGUUUCGUAAACUUAGAGUAGAAAGCACUUAAGCCUAGACUUCAGGAAAUCCAGAUUCCAGACCCACCUCUGCCCUAAGCUAUAGGAAUUUGGAUCUUGAGGCUGGUGUUCCUAAAUAUUGCCAAGGCAAUUUCUCCUGCUGUGUAUUGUUUAACUAUACCAGUAAUUUCCAAAGUCCCAAACUUAAGUGAAAGACAGAAAAUUGUCAAGUCAGAAUUAAUUAAUCUCAUUUUAAAUUCUUUGAUGGAACUAUUGUUUUGUUAAAAUACUUUCCUGGAGUUUAAUGAAGUUAAGCAAAAUAAGGAUAAAAGUUGGUAAUCACUGGCAUGUCAUUAAUCUGGGACACUGUAAACCUUUCUCUUUUUGAGAGAACACUUUGGUUAGUAGUAGGCUCAUAAAUGAAAUAUUUGUAUAGAACAAAUAAUUCCCCACAUUUAUGAACUAAUAUUCGUAUCCAUGGACAUAGAAAACAUGCAAAUAUUAUUUGACACGACUUAAACCUCUUUUGUGUUUUAAAUUCCCAUAAAAGGAAUAAUGUGCUCUCAUCCUGUCUGCCUCAUAGUACUGAUGAAGGCAAUGAAAUCUGUAAUAAAGCACUUGUAUCUCCUAUCCGGAGCUAUAAGGAUAAUAUAUCAUCAUUAAUCAUUAUGCUGUUGUCAUUAAUUAUUUUAUUAGAGAAUUACUCCAAGGAAGUAGAAUAAAUCAUAUGGUAGUUGAGUGAAAACCCAGACCACAUUUUAAAUACACUAAUUACAAAGAAAUAUGUAAAAGAAAUGCAAUUAUUACUUAAAAUGAAAAGUUGAAAGAGCUUCUUCUAAAAACACCCAGUGUGUAAUUUUCAUCAGUCAAGCUUCAAGAGGGAGUAAUUGAUUAAAUAUUUCUGGAUGUAAUAAUUUACAGUUUUAACCCUUACGAUUCUUUUUUCAGUAGAAAAAACUGAAAGUUACUAGUCUAGAAUCAUGAAUAUGUUAUGAAAUCUGUGUAUGUAGUUUCCUUUAUUUCACAGAAUGACCUUAUAAACUUAUUAAAAAUACCUGCUAAUGGUAAGGGGACACUAAAAUCAGACAUUUCUCUCAGCCUCAGUAGGACGUCUAGAGGUCAGAGGCCUCAAAAUAGGAGUUUUGUUCUUUUUGCAAGUAACAAAUUAUACAACUUUUUAAUAGAAAUGUAUAUUACUUCUUUUAUUUCAACUUAAAUCGUAUAUUUUAUUUAUAUUUUUAUACCAUUAUUCCUUGACUGCACACACUGCUACAGAAAAGUGAGGCACAGAUAAUACCUAAGUAGAAAAAAUACAAAGAACUAAACAAAAUAGACAAAGAACUUUUAUAUUUGUAGAAUAUCCUCAGAUAAUCUCAAACUCUUUACCCAAAAAAAACAGGCUUCCUCACUCUUCUCUGUGCAGAGCAGCAGCCCUCACCCCAGCUUGGCCACUGCGGUUGGGUGCCUCAAUCUGUGAUAGAAAGAAAGCAAAAAAGACAGGAUAUGUUUACCAUGAAAAAGUCCUACAACAGAUUUUCCAUUUGUAGGGAAAAUAGCAUUCACUGUAUUUUUGUUUGUUGGUUGAUUGAUAGGUUUUAUACGAUUACCUGGAAUGGAAUUCUCAGGGCAAAAUCUACCAUUACUUGGAUUCACAUCUGAGAUAUACUAUUUAUAGAUAUUUCAGGGGCCAGUAUUGAGGCAGUUCAUAGCCAUAUAUCCUGAUCUCUAACUGUAGCUAUUUCCUGAAGGGACACGGGGUGGAAUGGUAAUACCAUUCAUGGUGGACAUCAUAUGAUGAUUUUGAUGAACUCUGAAUUGUCUCAACUAAGGAAAACCGUUUGUAUAAUCAACCAUAAUUUAUUGGAAACAAAACUUUGAGUCAAUCAGCAUGCUUUUCUAUAUGUUGGUAAAUUUCAAUAAAAAAUAUUUUUAAAAAAUCAUUUACUUUUCCAAAGAAGAUCUAUCUACAAAUGGCCAGUAAGCACAUGAAAAACUGCUCUAUGUCAGUAAUCACUAGGGAAAUGCAAAUCAAAACUACAAUGAGAUACCACUUCAUACCCAUUAGGAUGGCUGCUAUCAAAAAAACAAUUGUUGUGGAGGAUGUGGAUAAACUGGAAACAAUGUGCACUGUUGAUAGGAAUGUAAAGUGAUGCAGCCACUAUGGAAAACAGUACAAUGGUUUCACAAAAUUUUAAAAAAGAAUACAUAUCAUCUAACAAUUACAUUUUUGGUAUAUCCAAAAGAAUUGAAAACAACAUCUUGAAGAGGCAUUUGAAACCCAUGUUCGUAGCAACAUUAUUCACAAUAGCCAAAAGAUGCAAGCGAGCCAAGUAUCAAUUGACAAAUGGGUGGAUAAACAAAAUAUGGUGUAUACAUACAAUGAUGGAUUAUUCAGACUUAAAGGAAAGAAAUUCUGGCACAUACUACAGCAUGGAUAAACCUUGAAGACGUAAUGUUAAGUGAAAUGAGCCAGUCACAAAAAGACAAAUGUCGUGUGAGUCCACUAAUAUGAGAUACCUAGAGCAGUCAUAUUACAGAGACAGAAAGAAGAGUGUUGGUUGCCACGGGUCGGGGGAAAGGGCGAAAAGGGAGUUGUUGUUUAACGGAUAUGGAGUUUCAGUUUUGCAAAAUGAAACUAGUUUUGAAGAUUGUUUGCACAACAGUGUGAAUAUAUUUGACACUACUGAACUGUACAAUUAAAAAUGGUUAACAUUUAAAGUGGUUAAGAUGGUAAAUUUUAUGUUAUGUGUAUUUUACCACAAUUAAAAAUAAAAAAGGAAAGCCCAUUUAAAAAUCAUUUAGCAUACUUCUAGAAAAUACCGUGCACCGAGCUGAGGGAAAACCUUCUCCUCCUGCCCAUCACCCCCUGCCCCUCCCACAUGCAUCCCACACACGUGCAAACACUGGUUUAAUGCACAGCUGAACUGGAGAGAAAUCCCCAGCUGCCACAAAUGAGAGGGAGAGCAGCAAGCCCAUAUGGAGACCCAACAGCCCAUGGGAAUAUCAGAAGCGAAGCAGGGCUUCAGGGUGAGAGGUUAGUGUUUUAGUUGCUGAGGGAGAUAAAGCUCCCCGCCUUGCCUCUAGAACUGUGAAGUGCUAUUUAGGCUCUGAAAUAGGGGCAAGAAAAACUGGGCUGGGCUGGGCAAGCUGCCGACUUCUGCUGCCCACUUGGGGCCCUGAAUAGAAGCAGUGUCACACGUGAGAAAGCAGAACCAGGAGCCUUCACUAUGGGGAAACACACUGCCUUUGUGAAGCGUGAACGUGUUGAAAAACAUGAACACUGAAAAAAAGUGGGUCCCAAACUGGAGAUAUCCACAGAGCCACCUCAAACAUAAACAUGCCGUUGUCAGAACCCAGGACACAUGAGACUUGCUUGGAAAGCAACUCAGUAAAUAUGAGAUGACAGUCAAAAAUUACAAACUACAUCAAUUAAUGAAGGAAAGAAAGCCACCAAGUAUGACAAAUGGAAAAAUGAAUACCUAAAGAACCUUGUAUUACAAAUAAAAUUUUGAAAGAGAUUUUUAAAUAAUAUGUGUAAAAGAAAUAAAGAAGGUAGUAUAAUUGUUUCAAUUAUACUGAAAGCUGUACACUUAUGAGUUGUGCAUUGUAUGUGUAUAUGUGUAUGUAAGUAUCUGUACAUGUAUAUACCUAAGUAUAUACUUAAGUAGAUUAAAAAAAAAACCUUGGAAAACUAAAAUAACAUAAAAUAAAAGAUAAAUAACAUAGAAGGUGGUAUGGGAACUUCUAGAAAAAAGCCGUCUAUAUUCCUUUGUUUGUUUUCAGAAACAAAUGGAGACUAUAAUUAUUUUUGAAACUUGCUAAAUAUACAUGUUAAAAAUAUGAGUGUCAUUUCUUAAAAAUAUGUACUAAUAGAGGGGGAAAAAACCAAGAGAAUCAAUCAAACGAAUAAAACAGGAAAAGAGGGAAUUUAUAGGGGGAAAAAAACAUGGUUAGGAGGAAUCACCAAAAAACCCAGCAAAAUUAAGUAUAAAUAUACGCUUGUUAUUAUAGUAAAGAUAAACCAAUUAAACAUACCUAUUAAAGACAAAGAUCCUCAAACUGGAUUUUUUUUAAUGCAGUUGUAUGCUAUUUACGAGAGACAAUCAUAGAAAGGUUGGAAAUAAAGGAGUGAAAAAAAUUAGGUAAGUGCUAAAUCAAGAAGACAAAAAAAAUAACAGAUUAGAGAAUUGGGAAAACUUAAUAACAAGCUUGAUGUAAGAGUUAAAUAAUCAACCUAACACAUAGAGAAUUUCAUUCUUUUCAGGCAAACAUAGAGCACUUAUGACAAUUUACCAUAUUCAAGAACAAUAAAUUC